CAUUUCUCCCAUCCGCCACACAAAAUUGAAUAACCAUCUCACCAAGUUCCUCUUUUUCUCAAGAACUAAUCUUCCUUUUGGACAGACACCAAGAUCUCAUCGGGGUAAACGCGGCAAGGAGCAACCGAGACAUCUUUCAGUUUCCCAGGAAAGGACACCGGUGAAAGACACGAGAGCGCCUGAUCCCUGUGUUGCAUCUGACAGGUACCAUCAUGGAGGUUAACACCACUGCCUUGUGGUCCAGCAGUGCACCUUUGUUGCUUUCUUCUAAGUCCAAAACAAACGUGAGCAACAUCAUGGACAUGAUCCAAGUCUUUCUCUAUGGGUUGGUUUUCCUACUUGGUUCCUUUGGCAAUGGAGUUGUGAUGUGGAUCACCUUCCGCCAGGUCUCGCGCACCGUCAAUUGUGUCUGGUACUUCAACCUGGCCUUGGCUGACUUCCUGUUCUCCGUCACCCGCAUCAUCCCACUGCUCAAGAAUGCCUUCUAUGAAGAAUGGCCCUUUGGAAACUUCUUGUGCCGGGCAACCAGUUUUGUCAAGUACCUCAACAUGUUCUGUAGCGUCUUCCUCUUAGCCGCAAUCAGUUUGGACCGGGCAGCUUCUGUGGUCUACCCGGUUUGGUCCAAAAACCGCCGCGGGCCACGCUUGGCAUGGUUGGCUGCCAUCUGUGCCUGGUUCAUUGCCGUGACCACCAGCCUCCCAUUCUACCUUUAUCGUAAGGUUGUGAUUGACAAGAGCAACAAGACUAAAUGCUCCCUCACGUUGGGAGAUGGAGAAGCAGAAAAACUGGUUCCUUAUCUGCUGAGGUUUGUGUGUGGGUUCCUGGCUCCUUUUGUCAUCAUUGUGGUUUGCUAUGGGGCCAUUGCUGUGCAACUAAGGCAACGGCAAGCCACCUUCCGUUCCAAGAAGCCCUUCAAAGUCAUCUUGGCCAUUGUGGUUACCUUCUUUCUCUGCUGGGCCCCAUACCAUCUCUUCCUUCUCCUCAAACUGGGAGGAGUGAAGAGCCAGGCAGUUUCCAUUGGGCUUCCUCUCACUUCUUGUCUGGCUUACCUUAACAGCUGUGCGAAUCCCAUUCUUUAUUUCUUCAUGGGCCUGGAUUUCCACAGGAAGUGUUUUAACCUACCAGGGGCCUUCAGGAGAGCCUUACUCGAAGACAGUACACACUCCAUUAGGAAACCCAGCAAAUUUACAAAAGAAGCUGCUUCUUCUAUCAAUGAGCUGGAGGACUCCACAGUGAUCCAUAAUGUGGUCUGAAGAAACCCAAGAUCAUAGAGGCCUUUUGGAUAAUAAGAUCCAUGUGCAGUUGCGACUGAAAUGGUGUUUUAACCAACACAGUCUUUCCUGGGCUAUGACAUUUUGGGCUGUGCUUUAAUACCCUUCCCAAAUCUGAAGGGACAUUGUAUUUGACCCAGAGUGGGGACAUUUUUAAACCACGGAUAAUGGUUAAAGCUAAAGCUAAUAGCAUCCAAACACAGUGCUAUCAUGCUUUGGUCCCAAUGACUGGCGAUAAGUUUUCCCUCCUAAUCCAACUACUAUUGUUAUGGCCUUUGAGAGAGAAAACAUAGCCAACAUUUGCUGGACUUCGUCCCUUCCCAAACUGCCACCUCUUUCCUUGUGUUUUACAAGUGUUUUUAGAUUACAAGUCCGAGGGCAGGGAAUUGUCAAGCUGAUCAUUUAGAAACUGCCAUGGGAGCUGAAGGGCUGGUUGUAAAUAUAUAAAUAACACUAUGCAACACAAUUUUUGUUCCUGGAUUAUAAAUGUCAUUUUCUAAUUGGUUCUAUCAUAAAGACAUGAAAAAAGGACAUCCUGGCUGCAGCACAUUUUGCUAUAGUUUUUCAAUUAAUAUCUCAUUGAGUUUCAACCAAUUCAACAUAGCUGUGGCAGCCACAAAGACAAUCUUUUUGGAGUAUAGCAACUAGAGUACUUUCAAAGUAAAUAUCACACAAAUAACACUUUCAAACCAGGAACAGAGUUUUUGUUUUUUGUUUUUUCCAAAUUUUGUUACAUAGUGUAAUCUUAGGAUGGGGAGUAGGAACGUUGGGCAGUUUAUACUUCUAACAGUGAAUGAAAAGAUGAGAAAACUAGACUACAGCAUGGGGAAUGGAUUGAGGACAAAGAGGAAGGCGUUUCCCAAGUUCAUCUUCCCAAAACUGGAAAGCCAAGACUGUUGAAAUCCACAUGUGAAUGUUCAUGGAUUGCUCCAUUCUCCUAUUCCCUUGAUCCAUGAGACAUUCCAGGACUGGGAUUUAUCUGGGUUUGGUUGCCUUUGGCUAAUUGGACUACUGACAGAAAGUCGCUAAUAUAUGCUUGUAAUAUAUGCUUAAUUUACAAAUAUAUAGGCAGAACAUAAUUGGAAGGUAAACAUCAUUUUCGCUUCCUCUCUCACAGAGAGAACAAACACAUACAACCUUCCAGUCACCCUCCCUAGGUUUCACUGUUCAUUUCCUUAAAAUUAUUUUAGAUUAUCUCCUAAAGUAGUCCAGUUCAGUAUUUACAGACUCUGGAUUUACUGGUAUGUGGUGAUGUCUAUUAUUUCAUUGUGGUAACAUAAAAUUAGCACAUCUCAAAAUGCUCCAAGGAGAUUGUUUGGAAUAGAAAUAUAUGUUUUUUUCCUGCAUAAAAAUAUUUUGGUGCUGAAAACAGUUUUCUGUGUAGAAAACAUGAGUUAAUUUUUUUGGCAUACAUGAAAUUUUGCACAGAAAGAACAUACGCGUUCUUCUGUGCAAACGACUCUCCUAGAGCAGUGGUUCACAACUUGCAAUUCCCCAGAUGUUUUGGCCGUCAACUUCCAGAAAUCCUAACAGCUGGUAACUAUCUGGGAUUUCUGGGAGUUUAUGGCCAAAACAUCAGGGGACCCACAGGUUGAGAACCACGGUCAUAGAAUCACCAAUGAAUACCAGGUGCUGAAGGCUACAUUUAUUAUUUGUAUUUCACUGUUUCUCUCUUAAAGAGACUCAAGAUGUCAAAAAGACAUUUCAGAGGAAGGAACUGGCAAAGCCAUCUGUGUGUAUACUUUGCCUAUAAAAAUGUUAUGAAAUUCAUUAAGAUGACCAUAAAUUUCUAAGUGUCUUGAAGACACAUACAGAGUCACACAUCCUCCAAGUAUUCGGAUUUGGCUCCAAGGUUCAGCACUUUGGAUAGCUUUUUUUUUAAAAAAAAAAAAAGAUCAGACAAAAAUCCAGAAUUUGAGACUGCAAUGACUUGGAAAGCCACAAGCUGCCACUGCAGUGUUAGAAUACGACUAGGGCUGUGGACAUAGGUCAAGAGGUAAAGGUUUUCCCCUGACAUUAAGUCUAGUCGUGUCUGACUCUGGGGGUUGGUGCUCAUCUACAUUUCUGAGCUGAAGAGCCGGCAUUGUCCAAGGUCAUGUGGCCUACAGGCAUGUCUGCAUGGACUGCUGGUGCCUUCCUGCCAGAGCGGUACCUAUUGAUCUACUCACAUUUGCAUGUUUUUGAACUGCUAGGUUGGCAGAAGCUGGGGCUAACAGCGGGUGCUCACUUCAUUCCCCGGAUUCAAACCUGUGGCCUUUCAGUCCACAAAUUCAGCAGCUCAGUGCUUUAACACACUGUACCACCAGGGGAUAUGAGUUCAAGUUCUGAUCCAUCUAUGAAGCUCAUUGGGAGACUUUGGGCUCAAUACUGCUUCUUAGUGUAACCUGCCUCAUGGGUGGUGGGGGGGGGUGAGGAUAAAAUGGAUACCAUGCACAUGAAGUAUCCUCAACAUUGUUUCUCAAACUUACCUAUCUCACAAGGUUGUGGGGAGGACAGAAUGAAUACCAUGCACAUGAGGUAGUACCCAUAUAAUCUGGUUCUUACACAAAGGAUAUAUACAUACAUACCACAUAUGUAUCACAAUUUUUAUUGUUUGCGGAAAAACUCUCUUCCCCUUUUCCUGGUGCGAGGACAAUGGCCAAUUGUCUCAGGCCCUGAGCAAGCGCCGCCUACAACAAAACAGCUCACAAACCGAGCCAUUUGGAUUUAUGACGAAGAGUGUCUGUCUCCUGUUUAGGCUGCAAAGCUGGAUGAAUAACUUGUUUUGAGUUAUUGGAAACAUUGAGAAAGGCCGUGAUUUAAUCCUUGGCAGAGGUGUGUCCCUUUUGUGUCUCGUUUAACCAUCGUGGGAUUAAGAGGACUAUUUUACGACUGUAAUGUAGUUAAUGAAUUUUAUUUUGCAACCACUUUAGAACCAUUUUUGAAAGAAACAAUAAUUACAAACCUUCCUUGCAAUAGUUCUUUACAAUGGCUUUACCAUCACAACAGGUAGAACUAGGAGGGAAGUCGCAACAAGCUGUGAAGCAAUCUGUGGUGUCUCUAUUCAGAUCCUAAAUCUAUUCAGAGCAGGUGUGCCAUUGCCUUCCUUUUAAUCUGAGUGCAAUUUCCCUGAGGUCACCAGUGGGUUUCCAUGGUUAAGCAGAGAUCCAAGCCAUUGUCACUUGGAGACCUUGCAUUCAAACCACUACACCACAUGAGUUGGUUUCAAUUUUACAAAUGGUGCAAAGCCCCGCAUUCAGUUUUCAAACUUAUUAUGUAUCGCCUACCUUAGUUCAGCAUCUUGAAUGAGUCCUUCAAAUUUCAGGCUAUGCUCCACAGCAGAUUUACUACUUCCCUGACAUGAGUCAUUGGUCACUGUGGCUCUAUAAGUUGCUAAUGAGACUGUCCCUUGACUCUGGGUUUUGUGUAGAAGUGUAGCCAUGGGAACAACUAGAAAUUAAAUUUCAUGGGCUCCACAUUUUUCCAGCCAGGGACUGGCACUAUUCCAAACAGAUGCAGACAAACAAGAUUCCGUGAUGAAAAGUUUUGCAGAGAGCAGAGGAAGGUGGAGAUGCAGUAUAAUAAAUGACAAUCAUCCAGGGGUCAUAGGGAGGUAUGGCUCAGAAUGAAAUAUUGACAGGGAUGGGCUAGACAUCAGCACGUUCGGACUGAGAAGUCUUACCGUAUAGACCCCUGAAUAAGCUGACCUCACGUAUAAGUUGAGGGAUGGUUUGGGGGCCAGAGCGAAGAGGGGGAGCCAGGAAGACAGUUCCAUCUUGUCUCCUGUGUCAUCAGCUGGAGGCCAAUCCCCCCAGUAACAUGCUUUGCUAAAAAAAAUUAUAUAUUAGGGGCCUCCAGUGGCAAAGUGUGAUAAAGCACUGAGCUGCUGAACUUGCAGACCAAAAGGUCGCAGGUUCAAAUCCGGGGAGCGGAAUGAGCACCCGCUGUUAGCUCUAGCCAACCUAGCAAUUCGAAAACAUGCAAAUGUGAGUAGAUCAAUAGGUACCACUCUGGAGGGAAGGUAACGGCGCUCCAUGUAGUCAUGCCAGCCUUGGAGGUGUCUAUGGACAACACCGGCUCUUCGGCUUAGAAAUGGAGAUGAGCACCAACCGACUGGACUUAACGUCAGGGGAAACCUUUACCUUUAUAUAUAUAUUGUAUACAAUAUAAUAUAUAAUAAUACAUAAUAAUAUAAUUUAUUGUAUAUACAUAUAAUAUUGAUAAUAUUAUACUAAUAAUAAUACAAUAUAAUAAUAUUUAUAUAUUACAUGUAAUAUUACUAAUAAUAUUACAGUAUAGUGGUAUAGUACAAUAUAGUAAUAUAUAAUGCUAAUAUUGUGCUAUGCUAAUAAUAUAAUAUAUUAUAUUAUAUCUGAAAGACUGCAAAUGCUCCCUCUAUCCCCCUCCAGAGGAUCGAUAUUUACUAUUAGCUGACCCUGCUAAUAGUCUGCUUUUAAUUUGUUUUUAUUAUAGCAUGUUUUUAACUUGCUCUUUUAUCUGACUUUUAUGGGAACUGCGAUUCCCCUUUCGGGCACCUGUGCCCAUUUCUAUAUAUUCUGGUCAUA